GGCCCGUUAUCACCUUCACCGCAGUAGUUUUGCUUUACACCAAACACCACACCCACCAAAUUCUCUCUCUCUCUCGCUCUCUCUCUCUCUCUCCCCAAAUCGGCCGGCGCCAUGGAUUCCGACUACGGCAUUCCCAGAGAGCUCUCUGAUCUUCAGAAACUCCGAUCCCAAUACCAACCCGAGCUUCCUCCUUGCCUCCAGGGAGCUACCGUGAGGGUUGAAUUUGGUGAUACAACCACAUCUUUAGAUCCCACCGAUUCCCACACCAUCAGUCGCUACUUUCCCCACACUUACGGUCAGCCUUUGGCUCACUUUCUCAGGGCAACUGCCAAAGUCCCUGGUGCUCAGGUUAUUACUGAGCAUCCCCCUGUUAGGGUGGGAGUUGUCUUUUGUGGGAGACAAUCACCUGGAGGACAUAAUGUUAUAUGGGGUCUUCACAACGCUCUAAAAGUUCACAACCCUAACAAUACCUUACUUGGGUUUUUGGGGGGUUCUGAAGGUUUGUUUGCACAAAAAACUCUUGAGAUAACAGAUGAAAUUCUUGCAACCUACAAAAACCAAGGUGGUUAUGAUUUGCUGGGAAGGACAAAAGACCAAAUUAGAACAGUUGAGCAAGUCAACGCUACACUUACCGCAUGCAAGGAUUUGAAAUUGGAUGGCCUUGUCAUUAUUGGAGGUGUGACCUCAAAUACCGAUGCCGCCCAGCUUGCAGAGACAUUUGCGGAAGCAAAAUGCUCAACAAAGGUGGUUGGUGUUCCUGUCACUUUGAAUGGAGAUCUUAAGAACCAGUUUGUCGAAGCAAAUGUUGGUUUUGAUACAAUAUGUAAGGUCAAUUCCCAAUUAAUCAGCAAUAUGUGCACUGAUGCUCUUUCGGCAGAGAAGUAUUAUUAUUUCAUUCGACUCAUGGGCCGGAAGGCAUCACAUGUUGCGUUGGAGUGCACCCUCCAGUCCCAUCCAAAUUUGGUUAUUCUUGGUGAGGAGGUGGCGGCAUCAAAGCUAACUCUUUUUGACAUUACAACACAAAUUUGUGAUGCAGUGGAAGCCCGUGCAGCACAAGACAAGAAUCAUGGUGUCAUCCUAUUACCUGAAGGACUCAUAGAAAGCAUUCCUGAGGUGUAUGCCCUCUUGAAGGAAAUUCAUGGUUUGCACAGGCAAGGAGUAUCUGCCGAUAAAAUUUCUACUCAACUUUCACCUUGGGCAUCUGCAUUGUUUGAAUUCUUGCCACCAUUUAUCAAGAAACAGGUACUACUUUUGCCUGAAUCAGAUGACUCUGCGCAACUAUCCCAGAUUGAGACAGAGAAACUUCUUGCACAUCUUGUGGAGGGGGAAAUGAAUAAGCGUCAGAAAGAGGGCACAUACAAGGGGAAGAAAUUUAAUGCUAUAUGCCACUUCUUCGGUUAUCAGGCUCGGGGGUCUUUACCAUCAAAGUUCGAUUGUGACUAUGCUUAUGUUCUAGGGCACAUUGGCUACCAUAUUCUCGCAGCUGGUUUGAAUGGUUACAUGGCAACUAUAACUAACUUGAGGAAUCCUGUGAAUAAGUGGCGUUGUGGUGCUGCUCCACUUACUGCAAUGAUGACUGUUAAGCGUUGGGCUCAAAAUCCUGGGACUGCUUCAAUUGGAAAACCAGCUAUUCAUCCCGCUACUGUAGAUUUGAAAGGCAAAGCAUAUGACUUGUUGAGGCAAAAUGCUACAAAAUUCCUGCUUGAUGAUAUCUACAGAAACCCAGGGCCUCUGCAGUUUGAUGGUCCUGGUGCCGAUUCUAAGGCUGUAUCACUAUGUGUUGAAGACCAGGAUUACAUGGGGCGUAUCAAGAAACUGCAGGAGUAUCUUGACAAGAUUCGAACCAUUGUAAAGCCUGGGUGCUCGCAAGAGGUUCUGAAAGCAGCUUUGAGUGUGAUGGCGUCUGUGACAGAAGUCCUCUCGGUUAUGUCCUCAUCACCUAUCAAUGGCCAAUCGACCCUUUAAUUGUAUAAUAGACCUUUACUGGUGCUGAUAACUAUUGUACACUGAAUUCUAAAUUUCUUCGGCAUCGUCAUGUCUAGUGUUUUUUGGCCAGUAUGCGGAAAUGUAGGUUCCCAACCGUGGAAUUACUGGAAUAAUCAGGUUUUGUUUUUGCUUUCGACGCAACUUUGUUUUCCGUAAAAUAAGUAUUGAGGAUUGUACUUUGAAAUUUUGGAACUGAUGAAAUGAUGUUUGUGAGUCACUAAGGUCUCUUUUGGGUUCA